UCUAAAAAUUACUUGUCUAAUUCCCACCUCGUCACCUUCUUCAAACAAACCAAAAAAGGAUCAAGUGAUGGUGCAAAUCGAGCAAUACGGACCUUAUGGUUCUCAAUUGCCAGAAACCUUCCGUAUGCAACUUGCAGAAGGUGAACAUAUCUCAGGAUGCUCAGUAAGGCAUGGAUACAUUGUCGAUGCGAUUGCGUUCGUGGUAACUAAGCAUGACGGAAGUACCUACACGGUACAGUUUGGUGGUAAUGGUGGUGAUGAAACAGACAUUAAACUCGUAGCUGGCGAAUACUUGACAAGAUUAAGUGGUACCUACGGGAACUAUGCAGAUCAGAACAAUGAAGUCCUUAUUGGCAAACUCAAGAUACACACCAAUUUAAAUCCCGCGGGAUAUGGACCAUAUGGACAAGGAAGGGAUCUUAUAGAUGCUCAAACUUUUCAUUCUCCUGACCUAACUGAUGGCCCAAUUGUCGGGAUUUUCGGAAGGAACAAUAACUAUCUCGACUCGAUUGGAAUUUUCGUUAGGACUGAGUUUCCAAGUGCUUGAAAGUCUAGCUAUCAGCCAAACUGCAAUGAUCAUGUGCAACAUAUGAAUAAAUCUUGGUGUUUCCACGAGGAUAUGUGCUCAUGCACUACGAACUUAUUUGAUUUUUGUAAGCCACGCACGAUCGUGUACUUUUAGUGGCAUGUUUCAUUUCUAAUAAACUUAUUGAGUGAUGUAUUGUUAAUUUUCUUGUUUUUCUUAUGUGGUGUUAAAUUAUGCUAUAUAAUAAAUGUGUUAUAACUUGUUAA